AUGGCAAUUGAUGAUCGUUUUAUAUCAUUAAUAGAAAUAAAUGAAAGUAAUGAACAAGAACAUGAUGACAAUAGUGAUGAAAUAUAUGUAGCACAACGAGCAGCUAAUUUUAUAUUUCCACCAACAUCUUUUCUUAGUCAAUCAAAUCUAAUAAGUGAUUUUACUCCAGCUAAACGUCAAUCAUUUGGUCGAAAACAUCAUUGGGAUGCAUUUUUUGGUUAA